UAUCUCUAUCUCUAUCUCUAUCUCCCUACCGCUCUUUCAAUCUCACCGGCUCGAAUUCGUCAUCCUCGACUUCGCGAACCAGGUAGUUCACCAACGUGUCCACGCGCGCACGUUAAAAGAAAAAAACAAAACGAAAACAAAAGAGGCUACGGCGCUUGUCAGCCGCUGGCUCACAUAACCUCCCCCGACUUUCCAAGGCACUCACUGUCGGAUACCAUAAACAACUACGGCUGCUGGUGGCAGCGUGGGCCCGUAUGUAUUGACAUACUUUGCCUUAGUGAGGGGCACCCGGGAAGCUCGCAACAGUUCUCGAGAGUAAUCUCGCGCGUCGCGAUCAAGAUCGCUCCUCCUGACGGUUAUUAUCGAGUGAGCUGGUAGCGUCGAGGAUGCCGCGGCGUCAGGCAGCGAGGAUGGAUCGCGCGAAGAAGACGGGGUUCGAGGAUAAGAAUGUCUGGCCAGUGCUGACCAAGCAGCCGGUCUCCGUUUACAAAGGCGUGACCUUCGCGAACAUCGUGCGCUACGUGGCGCGUCGCUUGAGGAUGCCCGUGACGACGGCCUCGGCUUUCGUGCACCAGGUGCUGCGUGCGGGCAUCGUCUUUGGCAAGAUCGAGAAGUUGCCGGACGGUAUGUACCGACUGAUUAACGCCAAGCCGCCGGGCCUCGUCUGCAAGAUCGAGGACACGUGGAUCAGCGAGGACGAGUGCAGCAGCAACGACACUAGCGAGUCCGAGUGA